AUGGCCGCGGUGCCGCCGCCGCCGACGACUCCAUGGCGGGCCCGACUUCCUCGGCCCUCCAAACGCCUGGACCUUGUGUUUGGCGUCGCGUACAUUAUCCUGUCUAUCGCGUGUGCCAUCUCGUACGCGUCCAUGUUGGCUCCGUUCCUCGAGAACGAUCUCUUCUGGACCAAAUUCAACACGACGGGGGUCCAUGCGUUCGUAGCAGACUACUUCAACUCGCGCAUGUGGAAUACGUCGACGGCGGCCGCCCUUCCACUCUUCGACCGGUUGGCUGUGGAGAAGAACUACGCAGACGCGACCACGAACGUCGACAUUCAAGCCACAGACACACGGCGCAUCGGGAUGGAGCAGAUGCAGGACAUCGGGGCCGCCAUCCUUGCGCUGCGUGCCCAGACGACGGGCAACACUGUCGUUUCUUUCACGUGCUACUGCUGGCUCGACUUUACCAAGAUUUGGGAAGUGGCGCACACCGCCAAGCGGCAGCGGCGGUGCCUGGAUCGAUACACACAUAACGGCGCCGUGUACAUGGAAUCGAUGCUACGCAAUACGCAGUGGACGUCAUGGUACAAGCAGCACGGGAUGGGGUUUGACAUGGCGUACGGGUCGGCCGUCCGCAGCCAUCCCCGCGGAACGCAGUGGUUAGAAGCCACCACGACCGCCUUGAAAACGUUCUCGCAGCCCCAAGAGCAAGCGUACUGGCUAUCGCACGACGUCACAGAGUACACCGUGUCGUGGGCAAACGGCCAAGACCACGGGCUCAGUGACGUGGUCUUGAUUCGCAACGCGUGGCAAACGUUUUCGAUCCCGAUCAAACACCUCAUCCAAAAGUCGCGCGGAGUGCUCUGGACGAGCACGAUUGCGUCCUUCGGCGUGUGGAACGACCUGUUCUACGCCCUCGACAUGACGGCGAGCUUGGUGCGGUCAGAUAACGCGUCUUUCGUCCACUUGGGCGAGGACCUGUCCCCAGAGUUUUGGAUUGGCGUGUACCCCUACACCAUGCCGAGCAUCCUCCUCCACGACUACAUUGGGCCCCUCGGGGCCAUGGACCUCAAGUACGUUGCAGUGCCGGUGCCGCUCUUGGCUGCGUACGACGAUGUCGCCAACCGCCUGCGCCACCUCUUGCAUGCAAGCGCCCAGUUCUCGGACACGUACAGUCGGUUGCCGGCGACCCCGACGACAAUCAUGCUGCCGCCGCCUGCAAAGUGGCAGCACCAAAGCGGACCAUGGACAUUCUUUGGCGGGAAUCUGUUCUGUUACGAUGGCCAUGGCCAUGACUAUGUCCAAGACGGCUUUGGCUUUGAUGACGGAUGCACGGAGCCGUUUAUGCCCGCAACCGUGCGGCCCUCGCGGCGGUCGGCGCUCCUCGCCUUGUCGUUGCAGCGCCUUUCAUCACCGUGGUCACCGUCGAGCCAUCCUUUCCUACAGAGUGUCGAACCAGCGCUGGACCUUUUCCUGGCACCGCCGAUUGCCAAGUCGGUACUGCUACCGCAUGACCUGCAUAACACGACCGCGGACGACGCGUUUCCAGUGCUCGAGUUCGUGCAGUACGCCGCCGCGGUCAACCGCACGCCGGCGCUCCUGCGAUACGCUUUGCUCGACCCUUCCGAUCCGCUGUGGGCAGCAGCGGGCUGGAUCAUGGUUGUCGAUUGGAUUCAAGGAUCACGGGAGGUCGUGCGAUUCGAAGGGGACGACGCAACUGUCGUACUCAUGUCCCGUCAGUCUGAAUCCAUUUCGUUUCGCCCGGACCCGCUCGGCGUGCCGUCCCGAUUCACGUCGCUCGUCUGGAUGUUGUUUGUCUACUUUAACGGGGUCCUGUGCCUCGUCCUGGCCUUCCUCGCACAGACGAUCGUGCUCUUUCGCGUCGCUCCUGCAGGAUACACCCUCGUGACGUUCAAUGCCAUCACUGGCGUCGUUUGGAUAGGUCGACCCCUCCUGCUCCUCCGCGGCACCAUCGCGAUGGGCGUCCUGAGCACGUCCGCCAUCUCACUGACGGCCGACCCGUGGACACAAUUUUCCGUCGCUCCGCGGUCGCUGUGGUCCGCAAUGGUGGCUGCUGGCGAGACGCUAUGGCUGACCCUGGCGCUAUGCGACAUCCUGACGCUGUUUACAACGCGCCACACCAAGAAAAUCGUCGCGCUGGCGUCGGCGAUGAUCUGGACCAGUUCGGUCGUUCUUGAAACGACGGCGCCGAUCGUCCCCACCGCCACCAUGGAUCGGCAAUGCUCCAGCAGCUUCAUGGACAUGCAGCUCGAGUGCGUGUCCGGUGUGGUCGAAAUCGGGAGCUACACGCGCCUGGUGACCCUCGGGUUGAUGCAGAUUGGAUGCAUUGCCCUCGCCUGCGCUAUCGUUACGCUCUGGUCGGUCGCCACGUCGUUGCCGCGGCGGCCACCAGCCGCCGUCGUGUCGGCGUCCGUCAUGGUCCCGUCUAUCGCGCACUACUUGAUCGACAACGUGUCGGCCGUCUACUGCGACCGUACGGCGUGUGUCAUCAGCGGGUUUGUCCCGUUCAUGCACAACUCGAAGGAGCACCUGUUCAGCGUGUUGCUGUGGCUGAUCAUUCCCAUCCAAGAAGCGCAACGGCCGUCGGAGCAGCCACCGCCACCACCGCUGCUGGCGAGAACCCCCGCUGACAUGCACCCGACUCUAAAGUUGGGGGCACUGACGCUCAUCAUGUCGUCGUUGCCUGCGAGCCCACCGCCCGUGCUCCACCCUCCGCAUCAUUCCCGGAGGUGGCUCAAUCGGUACCGCGUCGUGCUGGGCGUUGUGUUUUUGAUCUCGUCGGCCGUGUCGAGCGUCCUCUUCUUUGUCGUGUCGCAAGUCAAGCUCGCCAACGACUUCUUAUGGGCCGACUUCAACACGACCGGGAUGCACUCGUUCCUGGCAAAGGUUUACAACACGCAGCUCAUCUACCGCCGUGGCGAGUUUCUGUAUGCUGGGGACGGCAGCCCCGCGCCACCCGUCGUCCUCGCGCUGGGCGAUCCAUCGACGGGCGAUUCGACCCUGUACAACAAAUCGAUCGCCGAAGUCAGAGCGAGCGCGCUGGCGGCGCGCGAUGUCCAGUUUGACGAGACGUCGCUGCUCGACAACAUCCGCGGCCUUCGGCGAACGGAUGGCUGCGACGCCGCGUGGAUUGCAACGCAGUAUUGCUUUGUCGACUUUGACCAGCGGUGGGAGAUGGCGACGUCCGCCCGUCGCCAGCACCGUUGCGCGUCCAUGGCCAUGAACGGCGCCGUGUUUCUCGAGUCGUUGCUGCGCAACACCAACAUCCGGGCAUGUUGGGGCGACGCGUUGGAGAUCGGGAUCGAUCGCGACUUGCAAAUGUCGAUGGCAGGGCGGCAGUGGCUCGAGUCGACCGCCGCCGUGACGACCUCGGCACCCGACGAGGUCGCAUACUGGCGCCGCCACAACAUUACGUCGUACGUCGUUGCGUGGCAAAACUACAAAGCCCUCGGGAUCGCGGAAAGCAUUCGAGUUCAAACCACGUUCGCCAGCACGUAUGCGCUCACCAUCAAACAGUCCAACGGGACGUACCGGUUUGCGCUGCAAACGUCGUUCAAGAUGCACUGGGGGUUCGCUAACGACCUGGCGCUUGUCGUGGCCAACAUGACUGCGCGUGAUGCGAUGCCCAUGUUGAAGCGCGCGGCGACGACUACGAUAGACAAGCCAGGGCGUAGUCUCAUUCGCGGCAGCGCCAACUAUGCGUUUGCCAACGAUUCCGCGAUGGAAUCGAAUUUGUUUGCCAGCAACUUGUUGGCGUCCCCACUGAACGCAGGCCUGGCGCUCGUUCGGGACGCCGUCGGUCCGUUUGGCACGAUCGAUGUCCGCCAUGUCCCGUGCCCCCGACCGAUGCUGGCCCUCCUGCAGGCAGUGACCGUCGCCAUCAAGACCGCCAUUGCGAGCACACUCGACGCCCAGGCGUCUGUCCUUCCGUCGCGAUCGACGUUUCGCCCCGCGCCACGCAAGUGGAACGAGCUCAACCCGUACGUACUUGGAGGGAGUCCAUUUUGCCCGAGCCAAACGACAGGGCAAGUGCUGCUGACGGGGAUUUUGACCCAAUUCAGCCACUCGGCGUCAUGCAGCGGCGCAUUUGGGGAAGUGAUUCAACUCGACAUGGAAACGGGGUCGCUUGCGCUGCUUGCCACGACGUCGUCGCAAGCGAACGCGUCCGCGUUCAUCCACGACGUGUGUGCGGCGGUCACGGUCGCGACGUCCACGCCGCGGUGUUUGUCGACGCUCGUCCCUCUGCUGCAAUGGAUGCACACAUACCUUUCGUCCCAGGAGUUGGCGGCGCUCGCGACCCUUGUCCCAGCGGCGCAGCAAGCUGUCGUUGAAACGCACGUCCAGGUCAUGCAGUUUGUCCAGCCCGUGGGCGUCGACACCGACAUCGAGCUGUGGCGGCAAGACUUGAUCGACCCGAUCGGCGAUCCGCACUUCACAGUGUUGGGAUGGUCGUUAGUGGCGGAAUGGGCGCAAGGGGCGCGGGAAGUCGUGGCGCUGCAUGGCGACUCUGGCGCGCCGCUCACGGUCAUAUCGCUCCGCGACAUGCCCGACACAUUUCAGCCUAGCGAAUUGGAGACCCCGACAAAUGUCGCGUACUACUGCCACAAGUGCAUCCAGUACACGACGAGCGUCGGGUUUGUGACGGCGGCCAUCACGCUCGUGUACACGUUUGUCAGUGGCGGCGACGUCGAAGGCGGCAACUUGCUCGCCAUCAGUCGCGUGGCUGGCGUUGUGUGGGUCGGCCGGCUCCUCCUCUUUCUCCGAAGCAUGGUCGCGAUAGCCCUCCUGUCAACGUCCAAUUUGAAACUCGACGUCCGCGGCGUGUUCACAACGAUCCAGGCACCGCAUCCGACGGGAGUUUAUGUGCUCCUGACGUUCCUGGCAGGGCUCGAAAUUUCGUGGCUCGAGACGAUCCUGAGCGACAUCGGCAUGCUCUUUACCCGCGCACACACGGCGUCGUACAAGGCGUACAGUUCGGCCAUCACAUCGACGCUGGCUGUGUUGCUAACGAUUGUGGCGCCGGUCCAGCCGACGCUGGAACUCGCGCGUUCGUGCGACGUCGUUCAAGUCGACUUUCAAGUGGUGUGUCUAGCCGGCACGGUCGCGAUCGGCAGCAGCACGCGGUUUGCGCUCCUGUGCGCGAUCACGGCCGGCACGUUGGUCGUGUGCUAUGCGUACCAGCGCAUGGCCCAUCCGUCGUUUGCCCUCCCGCCGCAUCGCCAGUCCCUGUGGCUGCCCGCGUCGGCCUUUUACUUGUACCGAAAAGCCCCGUGGGUGUUUUCGGACAUUCUCUUUCUCGACAAGGCGUCUGCGUUCAUGUGCGGUCUCGUCAGCAUUCGACAUGGCGACGCCAUUUACGUGCUCGACAUCAAGACGUGGCGCAUGUUUACGAUUCGCAUUGACGACGCGUUCCGAUCGAGCCACUUGAGCCAGGACAAAGGCGAUCAAGCUCGAAUUGACAUGGCGAUUCCACUGCUUGAGUAA